AUGGGCGAAAACGCGCGGGUAACAAACCAGAGGGGUCGCGCGAUGCGUGAUUACGAACCCAGUGGUUGGGCCGCAUUGCACAAUCGAAACGUCCAACGUGUACUUAUAUUUGCUUUUAUUAAUGGGGCAUGUUUUUCACUAUGGUUUGCACAGGUGUUUCAAGUCUUAAUUAAUCGUCUCUCAGGCAACACAACAGUGGGUUGGCUCUCUGCCACCUCCGGAUCUGCUCAAAUGGUUGCAGCCGUUAUAGUUGGUUUUAUCCCCAAUGUACCACGGCAGGUGAUUCUCCGUAUUGCUGCUGUUACUGGUCUUCUUGCCACGGCGCUCUCCCUAUAUGGAGUGGCGAUAUUAGAGGUGUAUGUCUUCUUCUUCUCCUCUGUACUCUGGGGAAUGUACUCUGGCAUGGUAGCAACAGGCACCGAAGCCAUUUUUGCAGAUAGCGUAGAAACAGGAAAGCGUGAUUUUGUGUAUAAUCUCAAGUGGAUUAACCAGACCCUUAGUGACUGUGUGGGAUCUCUCGUCUCGCUUGUUAUGCUUUUGCAUCUAGGGAACCAUUGGGACACGGAGAGCAUAAGAAAACUUAUGUGCACGGGACUCCUACUACACCCCAUUGCUCACCUUCUGCUGUUUACAAUGAAAGACAAGUACUCACUAGAUGAGAGCACAAAUGAUGAUAAUCUAGUACACGUUGAUGUUGUUAUUUCCGAUGCCACCCUCACUGCAGAGACCCCUUCUGAGGUUUCUGUAGCUGAGCCUGGCGCUAGCCAAAUAGAAAAGCAAUCAGCUCAUCAUUUUCCUCUCCGUACCAUACCAUCAGAUAAGACUCUUGCUCAUGAUACUGAUGCUGGCAGUUCACAAAUCGUAGAAUCACCUUUUAUAAGCCCAACGGCAUCUGGAGGUGCAGUUGCCCAGCGUGAGGCCAUUCUCUUUCAGCUCGCAGCACAGAGUAUGAGGAGAGAGGAAGAGUACCGUGCUGCUCAGCAGGACCGCAGCCGAUUGGGGAAAUUAGCCACGUCUGUAUGCUAUUACGCCAAAUGGCCUUGGGAGUGGUCAGCAGUUCCCUACUUGGUCUGCGCCGUAGAUUUUCUCGUAGCUGUUGGUUCUGGUAUGACAAUGCGUUAUAUUCCUCUAUUCUUUGUAAACGACUACGGUGUGAGUCCGGUUGUUCUCACGACCUCAUAUAUUAUCACCUCUAUAAUCAGUGCCUUGCUGUCCUCUCUAGUGCGUUACGUUGGUGAGUAUUAUAUGGGUCGUCUCCCUGCUGUGAUUUGUGUGCGGCUAAUCGGUACAACCUUGCUGCUAUUGAUGGGCCUCACGCAUCUCCAUCUUGGUAUUCUUUUACCUAUAUUUAUCAUAAGGAAUUCAACUAUGAACUGUACUCGUGGAGUUACACGCAGUGUGAUUAUGGAUUGUGUACGUAAGGAAAGUCGUGCCAAGUGGUCAGCGUUUGAGAGUUUCUCCUCCUUUACCUGGGCCGGUAGUGCUGUGAUCGGAGGAUAUGUCGCUGAUGCC